AUGAGCCGGAUCAAAGGUGUGUCCCAUCUGGACUUCAUCCUGGCGCAUGAUUUGCCCGACAAUUCACCAGAGAACUCCGCUGGCCGCCAGAGACUGAUGAUGGAUGUGGCACGAUUCUUUGCUGUUGCGUGGAAAACGCCGCAGCCAGUUGAUCAAGGCUACCGUGCAAAGGUUAGAGAGACAUUUGAAAGAGAACUUCGCAUGUUGCUCGAGGCCCUUCCCGUCCGACUGCACCAUAUUAUCCGGAAGUGCAUUGACUCAAUGGACGCUAUAUUUUCACUUCCUAUGGUGCUUCUUCACACCGAUUUUGGCGAUUGCAAUAUCAUUGUCGAUGAGGCAACUCGCCAUCUAGUUGGAGUAAUUGACUGGGCCGAGGCGGACGUCCAUCCCUUCGGUGUCAACCUCUUCUGCCUGCAGAGUCUGACUGGAAAGCUGCACCUUCGAAACGGCUGGAUACGGUAUGACGACUAUGACAAACUUCACGAUGUCUUUUGGACUACCUUUAGAGACGAAGUCGGCGACUUGACGAAUGAUUGCAUUGAAGCUAUUCAACUAGCCAGGACUACGGGCUUGUUGCUAGCAAAAGGCUUUACCAUACGCCUUGCCAAUGAGCCAGAGCCGGUUCCCAUUGGAAAUGACGAAUGCGGACGCUACAACAUGUUGUGGCUAGAUGGAUUUCUGGUCAACCCCGCAACGAAGUUUAACGACAUCGAUUGA